UGUAUAAUUCCUGAAGCGGAAGCUGGAGUAGAAGUGCGAUCCCAGUGUUUAUUAGUAUUUUUAAUUUCUUUCUUGGUGAGUGGAGUACAUACACAUAGCCAUCGAACAGAUCGAAAAUCCGUGCAUCGAUUAGUUGGAUCUGCGAUGGUUACCAAAACAGAGGAGACUCAACUCAACAGGCUCGAAAAUCAGGUCGAUAACGGCGGCGGCGGCGCGUGGGACUACGUCUGCCUUGUCAGGAAGCUCAAGGUUCGCCGUUCCGAAAAAGUUCUCAAGCACGGCCUCUCCAUCUUGAACGACCCCAAACAACGAUCCACUCUCGGCAACGAAGAAUGGACCUUGUAUGAGCAGGUUGCAGUUGCUGCUAUGGAUUGCCAAAGUCUCGACGUUGCCAAGGACUGUACAAAGGUUCUUCGGAAGAGAUUCCCAGAGAGUAAAAGAGUUGGUAGGCUGGAGGCAAUGUUGCUUGAAGCAAAAGGGUCCUGGGAAUUGGCAGAAAAGGCUUACACAAGCCUUUUGGAGGAUAAUCCCCUUGAUCAAACCAUUCAUAAGAGGAGGGUGGCAAUGGCAAAGGCACAAGGCAACAUUUCUGUAGCUAUUGAAUGGCUUAAUAAAUAUCUGGAAACAUUCAUGGCAGAUCAUGAUGCAUGGAGAGAACUAGCUGAAAUAUACGUCUCCCUUCAAAUGUAUAAACAAGCAGCAUUUUGUUACGAGGAGUUGAUAUUAUCUCAACCUACUGUUCCACUCUACCACUUAGCCUAUGCUGAUGUGCUUUAUACGCUUGGUGGAUUAGAAAACCUCCAAACUGCAAAGAAAUACUACGCAUCUGCUAUUGACUUGACUGGAGGCAAAAAUACCAGAGCACUCUUUGGUAUAUGCUUGUGCACCUCUGCUAUUACACAGCUUACAAAAGGGAAAAACAAGGAGGACAAAGAAGGGUCACAGUUGCAAUCUCUAGCAGCCAAAGUAUUGGAGAAAGAAUACAAGCAGAGAGCUCCCGACAAACUUCCUCAACUUACGACUGCCUUAAAGAGUUUAACAUUGUCAUCAUGAUGCAGCCUCUCUUAAAGAUUAUUAUUUAGUUACUUUUUGACAUUUUCUCAGAUUGUUGUCGGCUUGAAUCAAUAUACUUAGUUUUCCUCAGUUAUUUUCUUUCCAAUAUUAAAAUGAUAAUUCAUAUUGUUCUGCAUUUUACCUUCGAUAAUGAAUAUUGAUUGAAAGACAUGUAAAGUUUUAGAUGGCCCUGUGGAUCUAAAUGUGUGUCAUAGCUUUCCUAAUGCAUAGGAUGGGGCAUACUUUGUUUUUGAACCUUUUUUGUUUCAUUGGCUAUACAAAUUAAGUUAAAGAUUA